AUGGCAUCCUCUUCAUCUUCAAAAUUCUCGUUUUCAUGGGCCGAUAAAAUCAUCUUUGUGUGGCUUUUCAUUGAUCUGAUUGUACACGGAGUGUUAGAGAGCUCGUUUGUCUAUUUUUCUCUAACCACUACGGUAGCAAAGGCUCAACCACAAUCCACUCUCGGAAAGAUGUUGCAUUGGGUUUGGCUUGAAUAUGGAAAGAAUGCCGAUGCGAAAUGGUUAGUGUUGGAUCCAUGUGUGGUCUCUGUAGAAUUAUUGACUUGUACAGUGGAUACAUUGUUGUGUGCCAUUGUCAUGUACACGAUGUGGACCAACAAACCAUCGAGACAUUUUUGGCAAAUUGUAUUAUGUGUUUGUGAACUCUAUGGUGACUGGAUGACAUUUGUACCUGCAAUUUUAGAGGGUGGACAUAAUUUGAACAUGGAUCCAUAUUUCUUCUGGCUCUACACCGUUGGAAGUAAUGGCGUCUGGGUCAUUAUGCCACUAUUAUUGUUGUAUCAAUCGUAUGGACAUUUGAUGAGUGCUUUUAAGGCCAAACAGAAGGUGGAAUAA